AUGCGUCGUUUGUUUAUAAAUAACCGUCGUGAUGAAUUGCAAAAACAAGUGGCUGAAGGCAGUCUUAGUGUAUCUGGCAGUAAUGAUGUGUUGACCUUGGCUUUGGGUCCCGAGCAUCCAGGGAGAGUAAGAGGGGUAGGUGCUGGGAUUUCCCCUAGGCAAUUCUUCAAUUUACCUAGACAACAGAGGGUAAAGUUUGCCGAUCAAUUGAAGGAAAGUGUAAGAAUUGUCCUUCAAGAAGAGACUAAGAAGAUGGAAGCUAGAUCAAGGGAAGAGACUUUAAGGAUGGAGGCUAGAACCAAGCAAUUGGUAGAGGCUGAGAGGGAACAUUUACUGAGUCAGCUUUCCCAACUCAUCCCCAAUUUUGAUCCAAGCAUGCUUAAACCGAAAACUAGCCCCUGUCAAAACCAAGGUCUAGAGCAAAGUCCCAAAAAUCCAAUGUCUGACAAAGCAAGCUGUUCUGGGGCUGAUGUGAGAUCCCUACAUUUAGAGGAUGAUACUGCCAAAAAUGGGGAACAGCAGGAAGAAACGGGUAAUGAAGUAGUUGAUUAUUCAAAUGUGGAGGUGCCAUCUUCCUUACAAUCCCUUUGUCGUUAUGUGGAAACGACACUAAAGCCUCAGGGGAAGAUCAUGACCUUCAACAUUGAGAAGGAGGUGUUUGGUGCAGAUCGCAGUACCUUCGUCUUGCAUGAAGAUAUUACACAGUUUGCAGGCAUGGAAGAAAUUGGGGCUACUGUGGUUGCAGUAUAUAUGAGGUGCUUAUAUGAUCAUUUGAGAGAAGCAAAUAUGUGCAGCAUGGUUGGCUUUAUCGACCCUGCUCAAGUUAGUGUCAACACUGGGUCACUAACUGACAGAUCAGGAAUUGUAGCCAGUCGACUUCAGAAAACAGAUGGUGAACAGAUUUUCAUGAUGCCUUACAAUCCAGGGUGA